UUCAAACAUAGUUGUUCAGUUUGUUGUAUAAUCAACAACAACACGGAAGGUUUAAACACACAUUUAACUUAAUAUUUAAAUUAUAUUUUUAUAUACAUUUUAAGCUAUAUUAGCUUAACUUUUUAAUUAAAAACAACAAUGUUUUCUUUAAAAUUAUUUGUUUUAUUAAGUUGUUUGUGUUUGAAUUAUGUUUAUUCGACAACAGUUAAAAAUUGUCAAACUGGCGCACAAUCAAAGGCAUCUCCAGAAGAUUUGUCUGCAGCCAUAAAUAUAGUAAACUGUGAUAAACCACCAUGUAAAUUAGUUCGAAAAACAACAACACAUAUAGAAGCUAAGUUUACACCUUCCGAAGACGUAGAAAAUUUAGUUGAUUCAGUACAAGCUAUUAUUGGCGGAGUGCCACUUCCAUUUAUUGGAGUUGAUGGAAGUUCUGUAUGUUCGAAAAUUCUACUAGCAAGUGAUGGAAGUAAAGCUGAGUGUCCAUUAAAAGCUGGAACUGAAUACAUUUACAAAGAUCAAUUUGACGUAUUAGCAAUAUAUCCAAAAAUUCAAGCCGUAGUUCAUUGGGCAUUACAAAGUGAUAAGAAAGAUAUUUUAUGUUUUGAAGUACCAAUUAAAAUUGUUUAAGAAUAUUUAAGUUUUUAAAUAUUUUCAAUUUUAAAUUUAC